CAAUAAAAUGGCCGCUGCGUCGCUGGACGCCUAGAGGGAAGAAGCUGCGCGUCCCCAGCUCCGCCUCGUCCCGCGGGCCUGCUCCGCUCGGCUCCUUGGCGGUUUUGAUGGACACCUGGCUUUAUUCUUGCCAUGAAGAAAGGUUCUCAGCGAAAGUUUUCCAAUGCAAAGAUGCCACCAUCACCUCACUCUCCUAGUACACCAUCCCUUAUGUCCAGUAUGAGAUCUAGGUCACUUUCACCUUUAAGUGGAUCUGAGACUCUUCAUUUUGGAGGACAAUGGAAUGAGCAAGUUGAGAUUACAGAUGAAAACACGGUGCUUUCAGACUACCAAGACCAUAAAGAAGCUGAUUCACAUGCAGGAGUUCGAUAUAUUACAGAGGCCCUUGUUAAAAAACUUACUAAACAGGACAAUUUGGCUUUGGUGAAGUCUCUGAACCUUUCACUUGCUAAAGAUGGUGGCAAGAAAUUUAGGUAUAUCGAAAAUUUGGAAAAAUGCGUUAAACUUGAAGUACUGAAUCUCAGCUAUAAUCUAAUAGGGAAGAUUGAGAAAUUGGACAAGCUGUCAAAAUUACGUGAACUCAACUUAUCAUAUAACAAAAUCUGCAAAAUUGAAGGCAUAGAAAAUAUGUAUAAUCUGCAAAAGCUAAACCUUGCAGGAAAUGAAAUUGAACAUAUCCCAGUAUGGUUAGGGAAGAAGUUAAAAUCUUUGCGAGUCCUCAAUCUGAAAGGCAACAAGAUAUCAUCGCUCCAAGAUGUAAGCAAACUGAAACCACUUCAAGAUUUGACAUCUCUGAUCCUUCUUGAAAAUCCAAUUGUGACCCUUCCUCAUUACAUGCAGUUUACUAUUUUUCACCUUCGCUCAUUAGAAAGUUUGGAAGGUCAGCCGGUGACUACUCAGGACAGACAAGAAGCUUUUGAGAGAUUCAGUUUAGAUGAGAUAGAAAGACUGGAAAGAGAUCUGGAGAAGAAGAUAAUGGAAAUUGAAGAGCUUAGGAGCGAACAGACAAGGUUCCUUGAGGAAAUUAAAAGUCAAGAUAAAUUGAACAAAUCACUGAAAGAGGAGGCCAGGCUACAAAAACAGAGCUAUGAGGAGAUGGAGAGUAACCUAAACACAAAAAAUGAAUUGCUCUUGUCUUGGUUUCUUGCAGAGCAUUUUCUGCCGAUUCUUUAUUCUUCCUUAAAGCUAAAACAGAAGACUGUGGAACUAAUACGGGCAUGUCAGAAACAGUAUGAGAUGGAACAGGAAUUGGCCUUUUAUAAAAUUGAUGCCAAAUUUGAACCACUAAAUUAUUACCCAUCAGAGUAUGUCGAAAUUGAUAAAACCCCAGAUGAAAGCCCUUACAUUGGCAAAUCCAGAUACAAGAGAAAUAUGUUUGCUACAGAGAGUUAUAUUAUUGCAAAUGCCCAGACAGUAAAGAUCGAGAAGAUGGAGCCAGAUGAAGGGACACAACUCAGAAAUGAGCAUGUGAACUUAAGAGCCCACACAUCACUGGACGUACAACUGGAAGACAAAGAAAAAAAAAUAAGUGCAGCACAAACUCGACUAUCAGAACUACAUGAUGAAAUAGAAAAGGCAGAACAACAAAUUUUAAAAGCUACUGAAGAAUUUAAACAGCUGGAAGAAGCUAUACAACUUAAAAAAGUUUCAGAAUCGGAGAAAGACCUUCUUCUCAAGCAGUUGAGUGGUAGAAUACAGCUUCUCAAUAAAUUACGCCAAGAAGCUGUGGAUCUAGAAACACAGAUGGAAAAGCAGAGGCAAGAAAUUGCUGAAAAGCAGAAUGAGAUCAAGGACCUGCAAAUAGCUAUAGAUAGCCUGGAUUCCAGAGACCCAAAACAUUGCCAUAUGAAGGCUCAGAAAAGAGGUAAAGAACAACAACUUGACAUUAUGAAUAAGCAGUACAAACAACUUGAAAGCCGUUUGGAUGAGAUACUUUCCAGAAUUGCCAAAGAAACUGAAGAGAUUAAGGACCUUGAACAACAGCUUACUGAAGGACAAAUAGCAGCAAACGAAGCCCUGAAGAAGGAUUUAGAAAGUGUCAUCAGUGGGUUGCAAGAAUACCUGGAGACUGUCAAAGGCCAGGCCGCUCAGGCCCAGAACGAGUGCAGAAAGCUACAGGAUGAGAAGGAGACAUUGCUGCAGAGACUGAGUGAGGUCGAGCAGGAGAGGGACCAACUGGAAAUAGUGGCCAUAGAUGCAGAAAAUAUGAGGAAGGAGCUCGCAGAACUAGAAAGUGCCCUCCAGGAGCAGCAUGAGGUGAAUGUGACCCUGCAGCAGACCCAGGGAGAUCUCAGUGCCUAUGAGGCUGAGCUAGAGGCUCAGCUGAAAAUACGGGAUGCUGAAGCCAGCCGGCUCAAGGAGGAGUUGGAAGAACUUAAAAGGUUCAACCAGUUAGAACAAUCGGCCCUUCAAGAGGAACUUGAGAAGGAAAAGCAAGCCCUCAAGAAUGCAGUCAGAAAAGCCCAGCUCUCAGAAGGAAAGGACCAAGAAAAUAGUGAGCUCCGCACACAACUCAAACAGCUGCAGGAUGACAAUGACCUAUUAAAACAGCAACUUAAAGAUUUCCAGAGUCACCUGAACCAUGUGGUUGAUGGUUUGAUUCGUCCAGAAGAAGUGGCCGCUCGUGUAGAUGAGCUAAGGAAAAAACUGAAGUCAGGAGCUGGGGAAAUGAGAAUCCAUACUUCCUCAGAUGUCUUAGGGAAAAGUCUUGCUGAUUUGCAGAAACAAUUCAGUGAAAUCCUUGCACGCUCCCAGUGGGAAAGACAGGAAGCACAAGUAAGGGAGAGAAAACUCCAGGAAGAAAUGGCCCUGCAGCAAGAGAAACUGGCGAGCGGGCAAGAAGAGUUCAGGCACGCCUGCGAGAGGGCCCUGGAAGCACGGAUUAGUUUUGAUAAGAGGCAGCACGAAGCAAGAAUCCAGCAGUUGGAGAAUGAAAUUCACUAUUUGCAAGAAAAUCUAAAAAGUAUGGAGGAAAUCCAAGGCCUUACAGAUCUCCAACUUCAGGAAGCUGAUGAAGAGAAGGAGAGAAUUCUGGCCCAACUCCGGGAGUUAGAGAAAAAGAAGAAACUUGAAGAUGCCAAGUCUCAGGAACGGUUUCUUGGUUUAGACAGAGAAUUGAAGAAACUAAAGAAAGCUGUGGCCGCCUCGGAUAAGCUAGCCACGGCUGAGCUCACCGUUGCCAAAGACCAGCUCAAGUCCCUUCAUGGAACUGUGAUGAAAAUUAACCAGGAACGAGCAGAGGAGCUGCAGGAGACGGAGAGGUUCAGCAGAAAGGCAGCGCAAGCGGCCAGGGAUCUGACCCGAGCGGAAGCAGAGAUCGAACUCCUGCAGAACCUUCUCAGAGAUAAAGAGGAGCAGUAUCAAAAUCAGAUGGAGAAAAUAGAUGUCGGCACUGGAGGAGCGCACUCACAGGUGGUGGAGAUGGAGAAACUAAAUGAGACAAUGGAGAGACAAAGGACAGAGAUAGCAAGGCUGCGGAAUUUACUGGACCUCACCGGGGCUGAUAACAAAGGAAGCUUUGAAAAUGUUUUGGAAGAAAUUGCCGAACUUCGACGUGAGGUUUCUCAUCAGAAUGAUUACAUCAGCAGCAUGACAGAUCCUUUCAAAAGACGAGGCUACUGGUACUUUAUGCCACCACCAUCAUCAUCAAAAGUUUCCAGCCACAGUUCCCAGGCCACCAAGGACUCUGGUGUCGGCCUAAAGUGUACAGCCUCAACUCCUGUUGGAAAAGCACGUCAUGGACAGCAGGAUGGAAAAGAGGACGGUGGGCCUCCACCUGUUUCGGGAUACUGGGUGUAUUCUCCCAUCAGGAGUGGGUUACAUAAAUCGUUUUCAAAUAGAGAUGCAGACAGCGGAGGAGAUAGCCAGGAAGAAAGCGAGCUAGAGGACCGAGAGGACCACCCAUUUGUACCUCCUCAUGGAUACAUGAUGUACACUGUGUUUCCCGACGGUUCGCCUGUACCGCAGGGCACGGCCCUAUAUGCGCCCCCUCCUCCCUUGCCCAGAAGUAGCCAACCUCUCAGCCCUGGCACUGUUGUUUAUGGCCCACCUCCCGCUGGGGCUCCCAUCGUGUAUGGGCCUCCACCUCCCCACUUCUCUGUACCUCUCAUCCCCAUGGGGGUGCUGCAUUGCAACGUCCCGGAACACCAUAACUUGGAGAAUGAAGUUUCUAGAUUAGAAGACAUAUUGCAGCAUUUAAAAUCUGAGAAACAGGAACCGUGCAUGAGAGCAUCUAAGCGGCACUCGGAGAAAGAACUGGAAGAACUGCACCGUAAUAUUGAUGGUCUUUUGCAAGAGAAGAAAGACUUAGAGUAUGAAGUAGAAGAAUUACAUAGAACUAUCCAGCAACAUCAACAGCGAAAAGACUUCAUUGAUGGAAAUGUUGAAAGUCUUGUGAAUGAACUAGAAACAGAGAAGUCACUCAAACACCAUGAAGAUAUUGUCGAUGAAAUUGAGUGCCUCGAGAGGACCCUUCUGAAGCGCCGCGCAGAGCUCAGGGAAGCCGACCGGCUGCUGGCGGAGGCCGAAACGGAACUUUCGUGCACGAGAGAGAAAACAAAAAAUGCCAUUGAGAAAUUCGCCGAUGCCAAGAAAAAUUUAUUGCAAACUGAGAAAGAUGCUGAGGAGUUAGAAAAGAGAGCCCAGGAAACCGCUGUUAACCUUGUCAAAGCCGACCAGCAGCUCAGGUUGCUCCAGGCUGACACAAAGGAUUUGGAGCAGCACAAAAUGGAGCAGGAGGAAAUCUUGAAAGAAAUAAAUGAAGUUGUGGCAGCAAAAGAUUCAGAUUUCCAGUGUCUCAACAAGAAGAAGGAGGUCCUGACGGGAGAGCUGCAGAAGCUGCGGAAGGACAUCGAGACUGCGCAGCACAGUGAGGAUCACCACCUGCAGGUCCUUCAAGAGUCCGAGAGCCUCCUGCAGGCCAAGAAGGCUGAGCUGGAAAAGCUGAGGAGGCAGGUGUCGGGUCAGCAGCAGGAGAUGGCCGUCUUGGACAGGCAGGUAGGGCAUAAAAAGGAAGAGCUGCAUCUCCUCCAGGAUAGCCUGGUCCAGGCCAAAGCUGACCUCCAGGAAGCUCUGAGACUGGGAGAAACCGAAGUAACUGAGAAGUGCAAUCACAUUCGGGAAGUAAAAUCUCUUCUGGAAGAACUCAGUUUUCAGAAAGGAGAACUGAAUGUCCAGAUUAGUGAAAAAAAAACUCAACUUGCAUUCAUAAAGCAGGAAAUUGAAAAAGAGGAAGAAAAUCUUCAGGUAGUUUUAGGACAAAUGUCUAAACAUAAAAUUGAACUAAAGAAUAUUCUGGACAUGUUGCAACUUGAAAACAAUGAGCUGCAAGGUUUGAAGCUACAGCAUGACCAAAAGGUGUCUGAGUUAGAGAAAACUCGGGUUGAAGUGCUAGAGGAGAGACUGGCGUUAGAGAAUCUGCAGCAGACAGCCCUGCAACAGAAAGGGGAGAUAGAGUGGCAGAAACAGCUCCUCGAGAGGGACAGACGGGAAGUAGAGCGGAUGACUGCUGAGACCCGAGCAUUGCAGUCGUGUAUUGAGUCUCUGUGCAAAGAAAGGGAAGAUCUUGAAGAAAAACAGGAUAGCUGGGAAAAGAAGUUGGCACAGACUAAACGGGUUUUAGCAGCUGCAGAAGACGAUAGCAGAAUGGAGCAGGCAAACUUAGAAAGGUUGGAAUUGGAUGUCAGAAAGCUGCAGCAGGAGCUGGACCGACUUAACAGAGAGAAGCUCUCACUGCAUAAAGACCUGGGAGCAGUGCAGCAGCAGCUACAAGAAAAACAAGAAGCAGUAAACUCACUACAGAAGGAACUAGCGGAUGUCCAAGACCAUUUGAACCUAGCAAAACAGGACGUGCUUCACACCACCCAGCGUAAGGACAUGCUGCUCAGUGAACAGACCAGGCUCGAGAAUGAUAUCGGUGAAUGGAUGAAGAAGACUGAAGACUGCCGGAAAGAAGGGGAGACAAAGCAGCAACAGCUUCAAGAGCUUCGGAACGAGAUUGAAGAAAACAAGGCUAAGCUAGCCCAGCAAGAAAUGAUGUUUCAGAGACUCCAGAAAGAGCAAGAAUGUGAAGAAAAAAAGUUAGAAGCCAGUAAAGUGGCUCUGAAGGAGCAGCAGCAGCAGCUGGAAAGGGAGUUGGGCGAGCAGAAAGGCAAGCUGGACCAGGUGCUCUCAAAGCUGCUCUUGGCUGAGGAGCGUGUGAGGACCUUGCAGGAAGAGGAGAGGAGCAGCGAGACCCUGGAGAAAACGCUCUCCCAGACCAAACGGCAGCUUUCAGAACGGGAACAGCAGUUACUGGAAAAGUCAAGUGAGCUGCAGGCUCUCCAAAAAGAGACAGACUCUAUGAGGGCAGACUUCAGCCUCUUACGGAACCAGUUCUUGACAGAAAGAAAGAAAGCCGAGAAGCAGGUUGCCAGCCUGAAGGAAGCACUGAAGAUCCAGCGGAGCCAGCUGGAGAAGAACCUUCUGGAGCAAAAGCAAGAGAACAGCUGCAUGCAGAAAGAGAUGGCAACAAUCGAACAGGUGGCCCAGGACAACCACGAGCGGGCCAGGCGCCUGAUGAAGGAGCUCAACCAGAUGCAGCAUGAGUACACAGAGCUCAAGAAACAGAUGACAAACCAAAAAGAUCUGGAAAGAAGACAGAUGGAAAUCAGUGACGCAAUGCAAACGCUUAAAUCUGAGGUAAAAGAUGAAAUCAGAACAAGCCUGAGGAAUCUCAACCAGUUUCUCCCAGAACUACCAGCAGAUCUGGAGGCUAUUUUGGAAAGGAAUGAAAACCUAGAAGGAGGGUUAGAAAGCUUGAAAGAGAACUUUCCAUUCACUGUGAGUGAGAGACCAUCACCUUUUGAAGAAAAAUUGAAUUUUUCCCAGACUCACAUAAUGGAUGAACAGUGGCGUGGAGAAGCGCUCCGAGAGAGACUGCGUCACCGUGAAGAUCGACUCAAGGCCCAGCUUCGACACUGUAUGUCCAAGCAAGCAGAAGUGCUAAUUAAGGGGAAGCGGCAGACAGAGGGCACGUUACACAGCUUGAGAAGACAAGUGGAUGCUUUAGGGGAAUUGGUCACCAGCACUUCUAGAGACUCUACAUCGUCACCUGGUCUGUCUCAGUUAGAAUCUUCCCUGGCUGAGGACUCUCAACCUGGACCAAGCCAGAGCUCCUUCCAAGUUCUACAAGGUCCGUCACAAUUACUAGACAGUUACCGACACUGAUGCCAUCCCCAGCUUCCUGAUUGCAGGGAAAAGAACUGCUCAGCCGGCUGAGGAAAUCUCAGAGGAAAUCCCUUCUCUACUACCUCACCAUGAACUGGAAGGCCACUUGGUUUUGCUCCAGAUGCGGGGAACUCCAACACUGCACCUCCACUGUAGCUUAGCUCACAUGCUGUGAACGCUGGGGUUUCUGUAAAUCACAUGUACAUAUGGGAAGAGUUGUAUACAGUUUAAACCUGGAUGGCUGGGGUUUGUUUUUUUUAGCUUUGAAAUGUAUUGCCAUAAAACCAGUGAUUAUAAUUGUAAAUUUGAGGCUACAAACUGGUUUAAAUCUAUAGCUACAAAGAAAAAGAAUGUACUCAAGCCCUUCAUUUAUAGUGUCAAAUUUUAUUUUUGGAUUUUGUUUAAAAUCUAUUUUCAUAUGAAAAUAAAAGAUAAAAUAGUCUGUCA